UGCUGGCUGCCUUCCCCCUGUUGUUGGAGUAACAUCAACAUCCUCAUUCGUCACGAAAAGACUCUUUGUUGGGAAUUCAAAUUAGUGUUAAAUGUCAACAUAAACAUAGUUUUGCUUCAAUUUAUUGAAAAAGGCCUUGCAAUGGCAGCAAGAGCUAAACAGGGGAGCAAGAAUGAUGAUCAUAGUGUGGAGACUUUGGCGGAAGUCUUUCGUUGCUUCAUCUGUAUGGAAAAACUAAGGGACGCCCAUUUAUGCCCUCAUUGUUCUAAAUUGUGCUGCUACACAUGCAUCAGACGAUGGUUGACAGAGCAGAGGUCACAGUGUCCCCAUUGUAGGGCAUCACUUCACUUACAUGAACUGGUAAAUUGUCGUUGGGUUGAAGAAGUCACUCAACAACUGGAUACCCUUCAAGCUGUUAGUCUAAACAGCAGCAGGGGUGAUGAAAACGAUAGAGACAAGUGUCCAACACAUUUAGAAAAGCUCUCUGUCUAUUGCUGGACUUGCCGUUGUUGCAUCUGCCAUCAAUGUGCCCUUUGGGGAGGCACUCACUCAGGUCAUACUUUCAAACCACUGGAUGAAGUUUACGAGCAGCAUGUCACACAGAUUAAAGAUGAAGUAGCUCAGCUCCGGAGGAGGCUUAUGGAGCUGAUUAGUAUUGUCCAAGAGGUUGAAAGGAAUGUGGAAUCGGUCAGAUCAGCCAAAGACGAGAGGGUGAGAGAGAUCAGAAAUGCCGUGGAACUGAUGAUAGCUAGGUUGGAUUCUCAGCUCAAGACUAAAUUGCUCACCUUGAUGGGUCAGAAAGACUCGCUGACCCAAGAAACGGAACAGUUGGAACAUUUACUCCAUGAGGUCGAACAUCAACUGCAUGCCAGUACAAAAUCGGAACUGAUAACAAAGAGCGGUGAACUUUCCAGAAUGAUCCAUUCGAUUCGCAAAAAACCGAUGACUAGUUUCGUCACUGCCCCUGUACCUGCAGAUUUUCACAGCGAAAUCGUACCAGCCUACGAUAGUAGCACCUUUGUUAUGCACGGCUUUUCUCAGCUGCAACGCAAGGCCGACCCUGUAUAUUCAACUCCCCUCCACUGCAAUGGCCUCUGCUGGAGACUGAAAGUAUAUCCGGACGGAAAUGGAGUUGUAAGGGGCAAUUAUCUAUCUGUAUUUUUGGAAUUGAGCGCUGGUUAUCCCGAAACGUCCAAGUAUGAAUACAGAGUUGAAAUGAUCCACCAAGCUAGUCGUGAUGUUUCCAAGAAUAUCGUCCGAGAGUUUGCUUCAGACUUUGAAGUUGGAGAAUGUUGGGGUUACAAUAGAUUCUUUAGGCUGGACUUGUUGGCAAGUGAAGGUUACCUCAAUGUAGCUCUCGAUACAUUGGUGUUGAGAUUUCAAGUUAGGGCUCCCACUUUCUACCAACGUUGUCGGGAUCAACAGUGGUACAUCAAUCAAUUGAGAACAGUACAAAACCAAUAUCUCUCCCAAAUAAAUGAGUCAAAAGAGCGUUUAGCUGCAGAGAUCUCCCGAAAUGCUGUGGCUGCAACCCUUGGUUCGUCAACCCAGACUGCCGAUUUGUCCGUGGGAAUGGUGAAAAGUCUCUACAAUAUUCCUUGCAAUUCAGGAGAAGCCAGUAGUUCUGCUGCAGCCUCUUCAUCCUUGAGUCAGGUCCCAGAGAGAUCAUUCACCUUCUCCAAUGAUAUAAUGAACUUUACCAAAAAUGUGAUAACCAUGAAUUCCAUAAACGGAGGUGCCAUGCCCAGAAACGUAUUGGACAAUAACGAAUGUGCCUGUUCCGGUGAUCCGUUGGGAACCUCUUCUUCCUCUACCUCCACGAGCCUUCAGUUACAACAGACGCCCUCUUCGAACGUGAGCCGGGAAAACAACUGCCAUAACGAUGAUUCCUCACCCGAUAACAACAGGCACUUGUUGGGACUGGGAACUUCGGUGAGCUCACCAAAUCUGCUCAACAUGGACAUGUCGCUGACGCUGAUAUGCAGCAGCAGUGAAAGCGAUCUCAGCGAAGCAGGAAACCUGGAGGAAUUUGAUCGCCAAGAAGUAAACACUACAGUUGGCGAUGAUAAUUCCAACGAUGAAAAUGAUGUCGAUGACGAAACAAUGUCAGGUGAGAAUGAUGUGGAAUAUGCAGAGUUUUCUAUGGCUCAAGGGAUGGUUCGACAGCAGAGUUCCCCAACCUCACCUGCGUCUCCACUUCAGUGUGGUUUCGAGGACAAAAUAAAACUGCUGUAUUUAUUCGACACUGUCGACAUAAAUUCUGAUUCCGCAAGGAGCUUGAGACCGACAGCAAAUUCGGUGGACACUGCUAGUAGCUCUCUGAUAGAUCUCACAUCGUCCAACAUGAAUUCUGCAUUUGUGGAACAACAAUCUUCAUCUUCCAAACCAGAAGAGCAAGCCUCGGGUACCAACGUCUCAGAUCUGUCUAUCCGAAAGAAACUGAAGCAACGGUUCAAACCCAUUGUCAUUCCUAAAGAAUCAUCGGGGAAUGGUGCAAAUAUUUGGAGUGAAACUGUUCCUCUUACGCAAAGUUCUAAGGAGUCGGCCAUGGGACCACUAGAAACCUUUUUGAAAUCUCUUCAUGUUUAUCCCGAACACGAUCAGCAACAUAAAAAGAAGGAGAGAAAAUGGUAUACCAAUCCCUAUCCACCUUCCGCUACAAAUCAUGUAAAUCCCCUAACAGUAAUCGAAACUUGUAACCAACCGACGGUCUCUUCUGUAGACAAAGGUAAAUUCAAACCAGCUAGUUCGAAUAGUGGACAGUUUACUUUACCUUCAAACCCUCUUUCACCACCCCCACUUAGUGAAAAUGUAGAGAGCCUGGUCCAACCCUCGUCUUCUAAUGGUUUCAGUUGGACACCAUCAUUGUUGAUACAACGGAGACCACACAAAUCUUCCAAACAAUCUAGUUCUGAUAUAAAUAGACCAGAAAAAGAAACGAAACACUCAAGGUCUGACAAUUCCCCACACUCUGCUUAAAGUCUAUGAAAGAACUAUUUUCAGUAUUAGGCAGAUGGUUUGAGUUUUAUUUAGCCCUAAGAUUUAUUAUCGUAUUUUAUUUAUUAAUUUUUAAAUGUUCCUAGCGUAUUAGCACUGUUGAAUAUUACAUUGAGAAUAUUGGGUUUUUCUGUAAUAUUCAGAAACUACAGACGAUGUUUAAAGAUUUUAUAUCGAUGUUUUAAUCAAAAAGUAUAAAUAUCCUGGAAUUAUUAUUAUCCGAGAUUUUUUCUCAUGCAGUUAGGGCAGUAUCUUUUGAAUAGGUUUAUCUCCAUUAUCCUCUAUCAAUUAUAUUGCAUUCCAUAACUAGGUUACAAUUUGAUUUAUCGAAAUUCAAAUGACUCGUACUAUUUUAAGGCUGUGUCGAAAAAUAUUUGCCAAUGUAUUGUUAUUAUAACUCCGUAUAUAAAAUUAUCAUAGGA